UGUGAGGCACGUAGGACUGCAGUAAAACAGUAGGACUGCUGUAAACACGAUUUGGAAGAGAAAAGUUAAUUCUUUCGCAAACAAAAUGCAUUGUUUUAAGCUAGUUAUUGUUGGAGACAGCACUGUUGGGAAAACUUCCCUGCUUAUCUCGCGUCAGCACGGCUCGUUCCCGUUUGAAUCUACACCUAGAGUGUUUACUGACAGUGCUUACGACACUCUUGUUGAUGGUUGUGUGUACACUAUUGGUUUUUGGGAUACAGUCGGGCAGGAGGACUACGCUAAGCUAAGGCCGCUGUCUUAUCCUGAUACAGAUGUAUUCUUGGUUUGUUUUGAUGUGUCAAACAGAAAUUCGUUUGAGAAUAUCGAGCACAGAUGGAUACCAGAAAUUAGACACUACUCUCCUGACUCUGCGAAUAUUUUGGUAGGAACUAAGAUAGAUCUAAGGUUAAACGUUGCUAAAGACUCCAGAUCUCCCCAGGACUAUGUGACGUAUGAAGAAGGCAGACAACUCGCUGGUAGACUCGGUAUCUCUACCUACUUGGAAUGCAGCGCUCUCACCCGUGAAGGGCUCGAUGCAGUCAUCCCUACAGCUGUGCGCACAGCUGUUCGUGAAAACUCCUCUAAAAAAGAAUCCAACUUCUGGUGCUGUGGCAAAAAGAUCUUCUCCAGAAAAAAGUGAUGCAACAUCAAAAUGAGCAGUGCGCACAGCCGUUUGCGAAAACGUUAACCUGUUUGAACACUGAAUUAGCAUUCGCAAUUGGUUUCAUUUAAUUCCAACAUUGUGAACCCCUUUUCUGUAUAUAAAUCAUCAAUUAUUUUCAAUUAACUGACGCCCUAUUGCAGGGCCACUAAAAUUCCAAGCCCCUUUUUUCACAAACCCCACCCCCUUCCUAUCUUCCUAUAAAUAUAGAACGAACUCUAAAAUAAGAGGUAAACAAAUUAAGAGCAGCUCCUCUGACACCAUACUGUUAUUUGAGUGUGGGUUUGGACCACGAAACAAUUCCGAUUUUAUUCGAGUUUGACAAAAAAUUACGUCUCUAACGGCAUAACAUUAGGUUUCUAUGACCAGUUUGAGACGAUAAAUAAACGUUCAUUGUCUGUCAGACCUGCUUCCUAUAGAGCUAAAAGACGAAUUGGAAGCUAUUUGUUUUCAUUAGUGUGAGUUUUUUUCAGUUCAUGUGAUAUUGUUUUCUUGUUUUCCUCUCCCCGCAAAAAUCGACUUCCCCUAAAUUCCAAUUCCGCUUCGACCCUCCAUUAUAUACAUUUACCCGAGACUAUAGUAUCAUUCGUUCCUCAUUGCCGAAGUUUGAAAUUUUUUUCAUACAUUUACUAAUGCCCUCCAAUCCCCCUCAUAGCCUUAACCAAUCAAAACUUGAUUUUUCAACACGAACGGCGGCUAAAGGAGGGCCCCGAAAUCUUUAGGAAUGUAGAGAGCAAAGAUUUCAAAGACGCCACGACCAAUUACACGUUCAAUCCUAAACAAUAAAAAAGUGCUUUGAAUAAGAAUUAAUACGAUAAUGAUUAUUUUCGGUCAAAUCUUUAGAAAAGGAUAUAAUUAGCGUUUGUUUUGAUUUAUUUAAAGUAAACAUCUCCAAGUUAAAGGGAAACCGACCAAAGGCUUGUAACAAUGGCCGCCACGCGCUCAAUUCGCGUUACGCAACUAUAAACUUUUUUAAUACGA